AUGAUGGAGGCGUUGGGCGAGGCACCGCCAGCAUCAGUGGAAUCGCUCAUCACGGAGGACUCCAUUGUGAAGGCGCUGCACGAUAUCCUCCCAUCUAUGAAUGCAGACACAGCGACUCUACUGGUAGUGAUGCAGAAGCUUGCGGAUCGUGUUGGGAUGGAAUUUGUGGACUUGAAAGCAAAGUGGAGACCUCGCAUCAAGGAGUUGCUGCCGGACAUGCUGGGGCUACUUGCGGGUGGGAAUGUAUCUGAAAGUGAGAGCAAGAAGAAUGAUGCUGACGUCCAUGAAGAGGAGGAGGAGGAGGAAGAAGUGGUUGAUUUACGACCGCGCAGGAAGCGCACCUCUAGAAAACGCAAUACAGAUGUGGAUUCGAGCGAUAAAGAAGGUCAUCGAUCGAGAAUUGUCGAUAACAGUGAGUCAAGUGAAGACGAUGCAGCUACGUUUGAAGUGGGUGAUGAAGAGGAUGAUUCUGACGAUGACGGCAAUGUUGCUCCUGUUAAAGAGAGACGAAAAGUCGUGCCACCCGAUCACAGCCAUAAGAAAAAGCGAAAGAGCAAGGGGGUCAUGCCGCCGCUCAAAAAGUCCAAGACAACAACGCAGCCAGAGUCCGCAGGUCUGACUUCGUUGAAAGAACUUGGUCGUGCAGCGGGUAUUCUCAACCCACAAUUGUACAAACUGCUUAAUCGUGCUACGUCAACUGCGGACGCAGAGGAGAUUCUGCGUGAUCGAUUACAUGAUACCGGUAUUUCGUUUGCCGGUGCGUAUCCUUCAUCUCGCGAGAUCAGCGCAGCAAAGAGAAAGCGUGAGAAGGAAAAAGAGCUGGAGGGUAUUGACACAAGUCUGAUAAUCUCGAGUGGACGAUCACGUCGUGCAGCGUCGCGGCGCAAUUCUUACAAAGAAAAGCGUUUGAGUGGCGAAGAAGACAAUGCUGAAGAGGACGAGGAAGAAGCGGAUGACGACGACAAGGACGACGCCGGCGUUGAGGGCUCUGCUGUUAGCGACUCUGACUCUUCAGAGGCAUCAUUUUGA